AAAGAAAUUAGUUAUCCUUAUUUUAUCUAUCUAUUAAGCCUGGUUUUCUUCACUAAUAGCCUCGAGAUGGCGUCUAUAGUUUCCUAUUUCUCACUCUCUAUUAUUCUACUUGUGCUGCUUUCCAGCAGCUCUACUGCGAAUGCUCAGCUGUCACCCAACUUCUAUGCAAACUCUUGCCCGAACCUUCAAACCAUCGUGCGUAAUGCAAUGAACCAGGCCGUUAAUAGAGAGACGCGGAUCGGAGCCUCUAUUCUCCGCUUGUUCUUCCAUGACUGCUUUGUCAAUGGGUGUGAUGCAUCCAUACUGCUGGACGACACAGCGACGUUCACAGGUGAAAAGAAUGCAGCACCAAACAGAAACUCAGCUCGAGGUUUCGAAGUGAUUGAUACCAUAAAGACCAGGGUGGAAGCUGCUUGCAGUGCCACUGUUUCCUGUGCGGACAUCCUAGCACUUGCAGCUAGAGAUGGUGUAGUCCUGCUUGGAGGACCCUCAUGGCAAGUACCUCUCGGCCGGAGAGACGCAAGGACGGCCAGCCAAAGCGCAGCCAACAACCAAAUCCCAUCGCCAUCCUCCAACCUCGCAGCUCUAACCUCUUCCUUUGCUGCCAAAGGCCUAAGCGCCCGGGACCUGACUGCGCUAUCCGGUGGUCACACCAUAGGCCUGGCUAGAUGCACAACAUUUCGUGGCCGCAUCUACAACGACACCAACAUUGAUCCAAAUUUUGCAGCCAACAGACGGGCAAACUGCCCUGCUUCUGGCGGUGACAGCAAUCUGGCGCCUCUAGAUAUACAGACUCCGACCAGGUUCGACAACAAUUACUUCCGUAACCUUGUGGCUCAAAGAGGGCUGCUUCAUUCGGACCAGGAGCUCUUCAAUGGAGGAUCCCAGGAUGCACUUGUUAGGACUUAUAGCACCAAUCCGUCGGCUUUUUCCAGUGAUUUUGCUGCUGCCAUGGUCCGGAUGGGAAACAUCAGUCCUCUUACUGGGACGAGAGGAGAGAUAAGAAGGAACUGCAGGGUGGUCAACUGAUUUUUAUAACUAGUUAAUUUCUUCUUCUUAAUAUACAAUUACCGAAUAUUGGAAUUGGAAUUAAUCUUAGUUCCCAAACACUCUUAAUAUAUAAGAAGAGUCUUUUUAUCCUUAUUUUUCAAUAUUAAUAAAACUUUCUUUACAA